AUGGCGCAGGACCUGCGCACUCUGCGCGCGUACGUGACGGACAUGGACGGGCGACAGUACGACAACGUGCCCGACGGCAUCGUCUGCUUGCUCAUCACCCACAGCAACCUCGAGCUCCAGAUGGUGGACAUUCGACUGGACUUGCAUGGCACAAUCGGUGAGCUGCGGCACAAGGUGUACCAGCACACGGGCACCAGACCGGACGCCAUGGAGCUCCUUGUCAUGCGUAGCGACGGGUCCGUGUACGCUCGUCUGGACGAUGACCAGCGGAUGUUGGGCUUCUAUAGUGUGGAGAGCGGUAUGCGGCUGCAUGUGGUGGACAACGAUCCGUUCUCGCUGUCGAGAGGAGGCGGUCUCGAGGACGUCUCGCUCGUCAAGAAGUACGAGAUGUCGGAGGAAGACUAUGACAAACGCGAGAAGUCUGUGCGAGCGUACAAGAGAGAGCAGCUUGCCAAGGACCCUGCAUGGAAACCCAAGACGAUGAUGAAGGUCGCUCAGCCAAUUGUUGACGCGGCAACACUGCCAGGACCAGAUAGUGUCGCACACAUGAAGGUCAAGGAUCGGUGCGAGGUGCAGCCUGGUGGACGUCGUGGACAGGUGCAAUAUCUAGGUGAAGUGCCAGAGAUCGCGCCUGGCUUUUGGGUCGGUGUGCAAUUCGACGAACCCGUGGGCAAAGGCGAUGGCUCUGUCAAAGGCACUACCUACUUCGGGUGCGAGCAAAAGUACGGCGGCUUUGUGCGACCGUACAACGUGGCAGUGGGCAACUUCCCGGUGCUCGACCCGUUUGCGGACUUGUCGGAUGACGAGGACGAACUGUAG